CAGUAUGGCGUAUCCGGUCAGUCUACCACAGACUCUACCAAGCUUGAGCCUUGAAUCUAUCUAAAGGUUUAAGGAAAAAAUCUUGAACUGUCGAUCUGUUGCCCGAUCUGGGUAUCGAAUAUUCGAAUUUUGAUUUUUUUCCCUUAAUUGUUUAAUAAUUUGUUUGGUUUUUGUGUGAAUUUUUGAUAGUCAUCAAUCACAACAUUCUUUAGAACGGCAUUGUUGGUUUUGCGAGUUUUCCUGAGAUUUUGUAAUUAAAUUACAAAUAUGGAUUACCAAAAUCGUCCUGGAGGUAAAACUGGUGGUGGUGGAGUUGCCUCAUGGACAGAGACUAAUAAGGAUAGACGUGAACGUCUAAGGCAAUUGGCUUUGGAAACUAUUGAUCUACAAAAAGAUCCUUAUUUUAUGAAAAAUCAUUUAGGAUCCUAUGAAUGUAAACUUUGUCUGACUCUACAUAAUAACGAGGGCAGUUAUUUGGCCCAUACACAAGGUAAAAAGCAUCAAGCAAAUUUAGCACGCCGAGCAGCUAAAGAAGCUAAAGAUGCUCCUCAACAGCCAGCUCCUGAAAAACCACGGGUAGAAACUAAAAAGUUUGUUAAGAUUGGACGACCUGGAUAUCGAGUUACUAAACAAAAAGAUGCAGAAACAGGCCAACAGAGUUUACUUUUUCAAAUUGAUUAUCCUGAAAUUACUGAUAAUGUACGACCACGUCAUCGUUUUAUGUCGGCAUAUGAACAAAGAAUUGAGCCACCAGACAGGAAAUGGCAGUAUUUGUUGUUUGCCGCAGAACCUUACGAAACAAUUUCUUUUAAAGUACCAAGUCGUGAAGUGGAUAAAUCUGAAAUGAAAUUUUGGGCUCAUUGGAAUACUCAAGCAAAACAAUUUUAUUUGCAAUUUGCGUACAAAGUUGAACAAAUGAAGCCACCACCUCCAAUGAAACCUCCUCCACCUUCCUUACCACCACCACCGCAACACAACAUGAUGCAUCAACCGGGUUCAAAUAUGAUGUCUCAUAUGUUCCCCCCUCCGCCUAUGUAUAAUCCUGGUCCACCUCAAAUGAUGAAUAAUAUGAUUCCUCCACCACCUCAAUUGAUGGGUUAAUAACUUUAUGGAAUCACGUAAUUAUACUGUAGUAAUUUAAAAUAUUUUUUUUCACUGUCUAAAAUACUCCAUAAAUAUUUUUCAUUACUAUAAAACUGUAAGUAAUUCAAUAAGUAUAAUUUUAAAUUUUGUUUAAAUCAAUUUAAAGUGUGUACAAUAAAAGUUAUUUGCAUUUUGAGUGUACAAUAUAAAACUAUGUAUAACAUUUUUGCCGUGCACCUAUGAUUAUUAUUUAAAGUCAGUGGCAUACACACAGAAGGGAGUGUUUAACCUCCCCUACAUUUUAAAAAUAUAUUCAUGUAUACAUAUUA